GGAUGUGACUCUGGUAGUUUCUCUUCAGGGGAGGACAUCCCUGCAGCAGGUUAGUGCCACCGAUUAUACACGCCACUGCGUGCUCCCUCUGACCCGCUCUGCCGCCUGCAACACGGACACCGGGAGGCUCCUCCGCCGCUGAGGUGAGCCUGCUCCCCGUCCCCUCCUCCUCCUCCUCCUCCUCCUCCGGUCCUCCUCGGAGCGGAAUGCGCUGAUCUCCGCUCAGUCUGUGGAAGGAUGAUGUCUGUCGUCUCCACUGUGGAGAGCGCUCCCAGAGGUACAGGCACCCCGGCGCCGAGCCUUUACCAGCGGAUCAGGAGGGUCUUAACCAGGGACCUGUUGGUGACCCUGGCCCUGGGUCAGGUCCUGUCCCUGUUGAUCUGUGCCAUCAGUCUGACCAGCAAGUACUUGGCUGAUGACUUCCACGCUAACACGCCGGUGUUCCAGAGCUUUCUCAACUACAUCCUUCUGUUUCUGGUCUACACCACCACACUGGCAGUCAGGCAAGGGGAAGGGAACCUGCUCGCCAUUCUGAAGCAGCGCUGGUGGAAAUACAUGAUUCUGGGUUUGAUAGACAUCGAGGCCAACUACCUGGUGCUUAAAGCUUACCAGUACACUACGCUCUCCAGUGUGCAGCUGUUGGACUGUUUUGUCAUCCCCGUGGUCCUGCUGCUGUCCUGGUUCUUUCUUUUGGUGAGGUACAAGGCGGUGCAUUUUGUCGGGGCGGGGCUGUGUCUGCUGGGCGUCGGCUGCAUGGUGGGAGCGGACAUCCUGCUCGGUCGACAGCAGGGCCUCGGAGAGCAGAAGCUGUUUGGGGAUCUUUUGGUUCUGGGAGGAGCAACAUUAUACGGGAUCUCCAACGUCUGCGAGGAGUUCAUCGUGAAGAACCUGAGCCGCGUGGAGUUCCUCGGCAUGAUGGGACUCUUCGGAUCCUUUUUCAGCGGCAUCCAGCUGGCCAUCAUGGAACAUAAGGAGCUGCUGAAGGUGCCCUGGGACUGGCAAAUAGGUCUUUUGUACAUCGGUUUCAGUGCCUUCAUGUUCGGCCUGUACAGCUUCAUGCCUGUGGUGAUGAAGAGAACGAGCGCCACCUCAGUCAAUCUCUCCCUGCUCACUGCUGACCUGUACAGCUUCUUCUGUGGCCUCUUCCUCUUUCACUACAAGUUCUCGGGCCUUUAUCUGUUGUCGUUCUUCAUCAUCAUCUUGGGCUUGGUCCUUUACUCCACCUCAUCUACCUAUGUGGCCCAGGACCCGCGAGUCUAUAAGCAGUUCAGAAACGCGGGCGGUCAGCCGAUCACCGACCAGCCUCCGCUCAGCGCCGGAGUCCUGGAGCCCUCCGUCACCUACACCAGUCUGGGCCCCGAGGCGACGGACGAGCUUCCUGUACGCGUAGCCUAAGCUCUGGGAGGGAGAUUGAUCUGUCAGCCUGGCGCAUCAGUGAGUCGGCUGCAGCCUCCAGGUUCUGCCCAUAGUUGUAUACAGAGCGGCAGGGCAGCAGGACGGCUGGGCCAUCACCCAGGUAUGUCCAGGUUUUCAUUUUAUGGCCUGUGUUGGGGGAUGGAGUCUCCACCCGCCCAGUGACCAAGUUCAAUUCAUGUAUCCAAAAUUUGUACCUGAAAAACCUGAAAGAAUGUCAUUUAAGCAAAUAGCAAAGUGAAACUGUCGAUUUCACUGUGAUCAAAGACUGCGAGUAGACAAUAGUGACUGAAAACGAUCAUUCAUGUAAAUAGAUGGUAUUGUAAUUUUACUGUAUUUAAUCUCCUGCUUUCUUUUUUUUAUAUCUGUCAAGAAGGUUUGUGCUUAAUACCUGUGUAUAUGCUAACAUCUGAUUUCAUAUCUUAUUAUCUGAUCGGAAUCUACCGCGUUUCUAAAUCCACCCGCUCACAUGAUGGAUGCCUUAUAGGCUGGAACAAAUAUAUAC